AUGAACCCCUCUGCGAACAUGCUGCAGCUUUCUCAGGGUGGCCUCUCCCUUGACGUGCCCGACGAUUACAAUGCGACCGACAAUGCCACCGCGAAGUUGGACAAGCAGUUCAUCCACUAUGUCGCCAAUUUGACCUCCUUCGUCUACGGUUCUCAAUCUAGGCAGUACGCGCUCGACGUCUUCACCGUGGAGCAGACCUUGGCCAGCGCAUCAGCAGACCCCGCAGACAUGAGGGACCCUUACGCAACCUACAACAACCUCACCCUGGCCCAGCUCUACGCCUUGACGCCCAACAUCCCUGCUGAGGCCUGGCAAAGCUACUUCAAAUACGCCGGCAUUCCCUUGGAUUACUCCUCCGACUCCGUCGUCGUGAAUGUGGCGGUGCCCAAGUUCUUUGCUGGGCUGUCGUCCAACAUUGCGAUCUUGACCAAUCAGUUCCAGGAUUUCAGCAUGUUCUCGAACUACCUGCGAUACAAGCUUCUGGACUUUGCCGCACCGCACCUCUCCACCCGAUUCGUCGAUGCCCACUUUAACUUCUACGGCACCAUCCUCUCUGGCCAACAGCAGAAUUCGCCACUGUGGAAGCGCUGUGUGCAGCAGACCGAUGUUUCGCUGGGUGAGCUGCUCGGCCGCUAUUUCGUCAGCUAUGCCUUCUCGCCCGCGGCCAAAGGUCUGGCUGAGGACAUGAUGACCAGAAUCGAGAACGCCUUCCGCAAGAACCUGCCUGGUGAGCUCUCCUCGCUGUUGUUGUUUGUGUUGUACUGGACACUGAUCAGCAAUGGGCUGCUAGGCGUGGACUGGAUGGAUGACGUCACCCGUAAGCUCGCCGAGGAAAAGCUGUCGAUGGUGGCCAAGCUUAUCGGCUAUCCGGAGCACUGGAAGGACUACUCGGACCUCAACAUUGACCGCGAGGCAUACCUGGCGAAUGUGUUGGCCACUUCGCAGUUUGCUGCGGAAGAUCAGUUCGCCCAACUGCCUCUUCCAGUCGAUCGCUACCGGUGGGAGAUGACCACGCCCACUGUCAAUGCCUACUAUGAGCCCUCGCUCAAUGAGAUUGUUUUCCCUGCAGGCAUCUUGCAGUCGCCUUGGUUCUUCGACGUGGAUUACCCGCCUCAGAUCAACUACGGUGGCACCGCCUCGGCGAUGGGGCAUGAGCUCACUCACGGAUUUGAUGACCAGGGAGCCAAUUAUGAUGGCACGGGCCGGCUGCACCAAUGGUGGCCGCAGAAGGUGAAGGACCGCUUCGUUGAGCGAACUCAAUGCGUUGCCGACCUGUACUCGGGCUUUGAGGUCCUGCCGGGUCUCUUCCUCAAUGGCAACCUCACGCUGGGCGAAAACGUGGCUGACAUCGGAGGCUUGCAUGCUUCGUAUGUGGCCUACGCGGACUACGCCGCCUCGCUUCCCACGCCCCCGCCUGAAGUGAUUCCUGGCAUCAACGACAAGCAGCUCUUCUUCAUCGCAUACGCCAUUUCCUGGUGUGAGAUCGACACCCCGGAGGCGCUCACCAGGCAAGUGAAGUCGAACCCGCACUCGCCGGCCAAGUUCCGUGUCAAUGGUCCUGUGUCACAGUUGCCCGCCUUCGCCGAGGCCUUCAAGUGUCCCGCCACCGCGCCCCUCAACCCGCCCACCCGCUGCAACGUCUGGUGA